UACUUCGGCCAUUUUGACUCACUUCCCUGAAGGCAUAGUUCGAGCUGGUACGGAUGCACUUCGCUUCGCGUUGCUUCGUCACGACUUAUUAGCCUCCGACAUUCCAUUGAAAGUUGCUGAACUAUCAAACGAGGGACUUCGCUUCUGUAACAAAUUGUGGAAUAUGGUGGCGUAUGUCGAAACGGUCGCCGAGAAUUCACAAACCUUAAGAGACGUGGAUUCUGAGCAUCCCGCGGAUGAAUGGAUUUUGUCUCGGCUGGGAGGUACGUUAGAGAAGGUGGACAAGCAUAUGUCGGAGCACAUGCCUCAUCUAGCCUUUAUGGAGUUGCAAAACUUCAUUCUAGGGUCACUGUGCGAUGUUUAUCUGGAGACAACCAAACGCGCUCUCUGGGAUAAGGACCUUGCCAGGAUCGAAGAAAUUCGAACGACGCUGAAUCGCGUCGUGCAGCCAACGCUUGUCCAGCUUUCUGUGUUCAUGCCCUUCGUGGCUGAACAUUUAUAUGAACGGCUGUUUAAAAGAGAACCCGGCUCAAUUUAUUUUGAUUUUGUCAAGGUGUCCUUCUUCCAACUACAGAGAUCUAGUGAGCUCGAAUCAGACAUGGAUAUUCUGCUGGGAAUAGUCAGCACUGUGCGAUCCAUACGCCAUCAACUUCAAUUGCCUUCUUCAAUGAUAUUCAGUGGUAAGUUCUGCGACACGUUGGUACUAAAAAGGUGA